AUGUGAAGAACUUGUGUGUAGUCGAUCUCCAGUUGCCCAGCGUUUCCGGUCAAAAGAAGACCCCUUCCGGUCGAUCUAGGGCAUCUCGGUCACGGCUCUCCCACCCGAACCCUCUCGACCUUCAUUUUUCCCUUUCCUCCAACUUCCCCUUCUGCCUCCGUAGAGACCACUCCCUCCCUCUCUCUCUCUCUGUCAGAUCUUCUUCUUCUUCACUAUUUGGUUUGGUUUGGUUUGGUUUGGUUGGCCACGAAAAUGAAUCCUCGCUCCUGCUGCCUGAAGUGGCUUUCCUGUAGGUGUAUGUAAUCUUCAUUAAUUUUCAUUUCAUUUCUCGCGGAGGCCGUCUGUCAGGAUGCGGUCUCUGCAAUUGCUGCAGCUGACGGAGCAUGGCCGCAGCCUUUUGGCUUCCAGGAGGAGAACGGUUGCACUUGUGUCUGGUGCCCUACUGGCUGGUGGAACUCUGGCAUACAUGCAGUCGCGACAUCAUAAAAGAUCCUCAAGACCAAAUUCUUCUAAUGAUGUCUCCACACCUGGUAUAAAUGAAGAUAGCUUGAACCAAAACGGUGUAGAUAGUAAGCCAAUUAGAGCAGCAUGGCGGAAAAAAAGUGGAUUGAGAUCUCUACAUGUUCUGGCUGCUAUUUUGCUCAAGCAGAUCGGCCCAAUGGGCAUGCGAUGCCUUUUGUCCUUGGUUACUACAGUUGUGUUGCGCACUGCUUUGAGCAAUAGAUUGGCAAAAGUUCAGGGGUUCUUGUUUCGAGCAGCUUUUCUUCGGCGUGCGCCAGCCUUUGUACGCUUAAUUGCUGAAAAUCUACUACUAUGCUUUCUUCAGUCUACCUUAUUUUCUACCUCGAAGUAUUUGACCGGGGCCUUAGGUUUGCGCUUCAAGAACAUUUUGACAGAUCUUGUACAUACUAACUACUUUGAGAACAUGGCAUACUACAAAAUCUCGCAUGUUGAUGGCCAAAUUACCAAUCCAGAGCAACGGAUUGCUAGUGAUAUACCAAAAUUCUGCACAGAACUAAGUGAGCUUAUACAGGAUGAUUUGACUGCAGUUUCUGAUGGCAUUGUAUAUACCUGGCGCCUUUGUUCUUAUGCUAGUCCUAAAUAUGUGCUCUGGAUACUGGCAUAUGUAAUAGGAGCAGGUGCUGCCAUUAGAAACUUCUCUCCUUCUUUUGGAAAGCUGAUGUCAAAGGAGCAGCAGCUUGAUGGGGAUUACCGACAACUCCACUCAAGGUUAAGGACCCAUGCUGAAAGUGUAGCAUUUUAUGGGGGUGAGAACAGAGAAGCCUCCCACAUCAAACAGCAAUUCAAGACCCUUAUUCAUCAUUUGAAUCUUGUUCUUCACGAACACUGGUGGUUUGGAAUGAUCCAAGAUUUCCUUUUAAAGUACCUGGGUGCCACAGUAGGAGUUGUCCUGAUUAUCGAGCCAUUUUUUGCUGGCAAUCUGAGACCUGAUUCUUCAACAAUAGGAAGAGCGGAAAUGCUCAGUAAUAUUCGUUAUCAUACUAGUGUGAUAAUAUCCCUAUUUCAAUCGCUUGGGACUCUUUCUAUCAGUUCAAGACGGUUAAAUCGUCUCAGUGGUUAUGCAGACCGCAUUCAUGAGCUAUUAGUUGUCUCUCGAGAGUUAUCUGCUGUUCAUGACAAAUCAUCAUUGCAAAAAAGUUCUAUUAAGAAUUAUAUCAGUGAGGCAAAUUAUAUUGAAUUUGCCGGUGUCAAGGUGGUUACACCAACUGGAAAUGUCUUGGUGGAUGAUUUGAGUUUGAGGGUAGAUUCAGGAUCUAAUCUUUUGAUCACUGGUCCAAAUGGAAGUGGGAAAAGCUCCCUCUUCAGAGUUCUCGGAGGACUAUGGCCGCUUGUAUCUGGUCAUAUUGUCAAGCCUGGGGUUGGUUCAGAUCUUAAUAAGGAAAUAUUUUAUGUCCCACAACGACCGUAUACAGCUGUCGGAACACUCCGAGACCAACUAAUCUAUCCUCUUACAGCAGAUCAGGAGACUGAACCGCUUACUUACGAUGGCAUGGUUGAGCUACUAAAAAAUGUUGACCUUGAAUAUUUGCUGGACCGGUAUCCCCUUGAAAAGGAAAUCAACUGGGGUGAUGAGCUUUCUCUUGGCGAGCAACAGAGACUAGGAAUGGCCCGCUUAUUCUACCAUAAACCAAAAUUCGCGAUUUUAGAUGAGUGUACAAGUGCUGUCACAACAGAUAUGGAAGAGCGCUUCUGUUCUAAGGUUCGAGCGAUGGGUACAUCAUGCAUUACGAUAUCUCACCGCCCAGCAUUAGUUGCUUUUCAUGACAUUGUUUUGUCCUUGGAUGGCGAGGGGGGUUGGAGUGUUCAGUACAAGAGGGAGGGCUCAGCAUUUCCUACCGAAGAGGAACCCAAUUCUUUAAAAUCAUCUGAAACUGAUCGUAAGAGCGACGCACUGGCUGUUCAAAGAGCUUUUAUCACCAGUGCAAAGGGAAAUGCUUUAUCAAAAUCAAAGGAGCACUCUUAUAGUACAGAGGUGAUAGCAUCAUCUCCUAAGAUGGAGCAUGAGAUUUCACUGCCCCAUGUGCCACAGUUGCAAUGUUCUCCAAGACCUUUGCCUCUUAGAGCAGCUGCAAUGUUUAAAAUACUGAUUCCCAGAUUGCUUGAUAAGCAGGGAGCGCAGCUGCUUGCAGUUGCUUUACUUGUUUUCUCUAGGACUUGGAUUUCGGAUCGCAUUGCGUCUUUGAAUGGUACUAGUGUGAAGUAUGUCUUGGAGCAGGAUAAAGCAGCCUUUAUCCGGUUAACUGGAAUCAGUGUUCUUCAAAGUGCUGCAAACUCUAUUGUGGCACCUUCCUUAAGGCACCUCACAGCGAAGCUUGCACUUGGAUGGCGAAUUCGUUUGACUCACCAUCUACUCAAAUACUAUCUAAAGAGGAAUGCUUUUUACAAGGUAUUCCACAUGUCGGGGAAAAAUAUUGAUGCAGACCAAAGACUAACUCAUGAUGUGGACAAGUUGACCAAUGAUCUUGCAGGAUUGGUCACUGGGAUGGUAAAGCCAUCAGUUGACAUUCUUUGGUUUACAUGGAGAAUGAAGCUUUUGACUGGACGAAGAGGAGUUGCUAUACUGUAUGCAUACAUGUUACUGGGUUUGGGCUUUUUGAGAACUGUUGCCCCUGAAUUUGGUGAUCUAGCAAGUCAAGAGCAAGAACUUGAAGGAACCUUUAGGUUUAUGCACGCAAGAUUACGUACACAUGCUGAAUCUGUUGCUUUCUUUGGUGGUGGUUCUCGGGAAAAAGCUAUGAUUGAAGCAAAAUUCAGAAAAUUGCUCGAGCACUCGAAGCUUCUGUUAAGGAAGAAGUGGCUCUAUGGUAUACUAGAUGACUUCGUUACGAAGCAACUACCUCACAAUGUGACCUGGGGGCUGAGCUUGUUAUAUGCUUUGGAGCACCAGGGAGACCGUGCUUUAUCUUCCACACAAGGGGAGUUGGCGCAUGCCCUUCGCUUCUUAGCAUCUGUUGUGUCACAAAGCUUCCUAGCAUUUGGGGACAUUCUUGAGCUGCAUAAAAAGUAUCUUGAACUUUCUGGUGGCAUCAACCGUGUCUUUGAACUAGAAGAGCUUCUACAUGCUGCCCAAAGCGAAGUUACUCUUCUUGAUUCUCCUGUUCCUUCCAAAGAGAAUGGUACACCUGCUGAAGAUCGUAUUUCCUUCCAAGAGGUGGAUAUCGUUACUCCAUCUCAGAAGCUAUUGGCUAGGCGGUUAGUAUGUGAUAUUGUUCACGGAAAAAGCCUUCUCGUUACCGGUCCUAAUGGGAGCGGAAAGAGUUCUAUUUUUAGAGUACUUAGAGAUUUAUGGCCCAUCGUUUCUGGAAGGCUUGUUAAACCCUCUGAAGGAGUGUUUCACGUUCCUCAGCGACCAUAUACUAGUCUGGGGACCCUGAGGGAUCAAAUUAUAUAUCCUCUCUCACGAGAUGAGGCAGAGCAGAGAAUGCUUACAUUGUUCAAUGCAGGUGACAAGUCCAAGGCGGCUUCUCUCUUGGAUGCUCACUUGAAGACUAUUCUUGAAAAUGUUCGACUAGUUUAUCUUCUUGAGAGGGAAGGUUGGGAUGCUACUCCUAACUGGGAAGACGUUCUAUCGCUAGGCGAACAACAGAGGCUCGGCAUGGCUCGCUUGUUCUUCCACCACCCUAAAUUUGGUAUCCUUGAUGAGUGCACCAAUGCGACAAGUGUUGAUGUCGAAGAGCAUUUAUACAGACUGGCAAAUGAGAUGGGCAUAACAGUCAUUACCUCCUCACAACGGCCCGCCCUCAUACCAUUCCAUUCGUUGGAGUUGAAACUUAUCGACGGGGAAGGGAAGUGGGAGUUAUGCCUAAUCAACCAAUGAAUAUGCUAAAAACGCUGCUUAAGUCACAUUUUCAGGUAGAGAUCUGUCUUAAGAGUCCGACAGGGUGCAACCAGAGGUAUAAAGCAAUCCACAUUCAUGCCGAGAAUAGAGCGUCUCCGCAUGUUUGGAUCUCACAUUGUACUUUUAGAAUAUUUUUAUUCUUUUCUCUUCUGCUGAAAUGUUUUAGCUAGAAGAACAGCAGGUGCCGCAUAGAGUCUACAGGAUUUGCCGAAAGGCGACUACGGUGGGGCCAUGUUUUAGUUUAGAUGCGUGGCACACGCGAUUGGAACUAUGUUAUACUCAGUGGGAUAACAUUGUAGAUAAUCUCAUUUAUAUAUGUAAACAUUAGCAUGUGUUUCGCGCGCGCGAAUAUAGAAAUAAAGUGGCAUAAAGUGAAAGUGUAAUAACACAGUUAUUUAAUUUAAACUGGAAAUCAGAAGGCGUAUUGAAAUUCU